ACGUUAAUGACUGAGGGUAGGUGUCAAUCUGUAACAGAGCCUGCCCACAGGGUGGUGCCUUUCUAUUUCUCUCUUUUACGAAUAGACUUACACCCACACCCACUCUAAUGUCAUCAUCCUGCGCCCUGGGUUGGAAUUAAGUCAGACAAGGAUAUUAAAGCCGCUCAGUACAAACUGGGAAUGCCAGUGCAGAAACUGAGCGGCUGGAGCUGAUGUUCAGAAAUCCCUUUUGUUUUUAGGAAUCCCAUUUUGGGUUUCGUUUUAAGAGGAAGGGGAGAGGGUGUGUGUCGCUGGGGGCGGGCGAGGAAAUGUGUCCCUUUUUUUAAAAAUUAAGAUAGAUUAAGCUCUGAGCCCACGUUGACAUAACGUUUCCAGGGCGUGAUGGCUAAGUUAGGCAAGAACAGUCGUGUCCCCCGAACAGACAUACGCUCCAACCUGGACAGGAUUCCCUGGAUGGUGGUCCUGCUCUCGGCUUCUUUUGCCCUGGCUGUCCUCUGCAUCUCCUCGGGUCUAUAUUUCACAGCCGAACAGCCAUCUGUAACAGUGGAGGAUUGGACCCAGCGCAAGUUUGAUCACAAGCCGAAGAGUAUCAUGUCUGGUCAGGUGAGGUACCACACCUCACUCAUUGACUUCCAACGCCUGUGGAAUGUUUUCUUGGUGCCAAUGCUGAUCGAGCGAUAUCCUGGAUCAGAGGGCAUCGAAACUGUCCGGCAGCACAUAAAGAGCCACCUGAUGGCAUUGGCUGCCCACUGGACCUUGGAACUGGACACUUUUGAGGACAGCACCCCCCACGGCAAGCGGACGUUUUCCAACAUCGUGGCCACGCUUGACCCCUCUGCCCGACGGCGCCUGGCCCUGGCGUGUCACUAUGACUCCAAGUACUUCCAACGCGAUGAUCAGGGACGGGUUUAUGUAGGUGCUACUGACUCAGCUGUGCCUUGUGCCAUGAUGCUGGAACUGGCACACGCACUCGACAAGGAACUGGUUAAGCUCAAGGACAAGAGACCGGACCUGACUCUCCAGCUGCUGUUCCUGGAUGGGGAGGAGGCAUUUGUUACUUGGAGCCCCGUGGACUCUCUCUAUGGCUCGCGUCACCUGGCCGACCUAAUGGCCAGGACCAAGCACCCAGAGGCAACCGAUAGUACCACACUGAUUGACUCAUUGGAUAUGUUUGUGCUCCUGGAUCUCCUCGGUGAGGCCAAGCCCCAGUUCUUGAAUCACUUUAAGAACACGGCCCGUUGGUUCACUCGUCUGGUUGGAAUUGAGAAGAGACUUCACAAGCUGGGCCUGCUGCAGCAGCACUCCGUUGAAGUGAUGUAUUUUAAUGGAGACACCUACUAUGGCCCCAUCGAGGAUGACCAUGUGCCGUUUCUGCGCAAAGGUAUGAAACCCGUGCAGCUGAUGCCAGGGCGGGGGGCAGGGGCCU